GUACGGACGUUGUUUGACGAAGUCGGAAAUGAAUUGAAGCUUAGUGUUGGACAUCAAAAUAGUGAAAUGCUUUAGUUUUCAAAUCGUACCAUUCAGUAACAUAUAGCAGAUAUUCAGCUACACAGACUACCGAUUCCGUUAACGAUUGGCUAGUUACAUUGCUUCGAUCAGGAUGGAGCAGGACCCUGUUUCAGAGUCUGUGGCCUCACCACCUUCAGGUGCAGCAAAAUCAAAGUUGGACACGUUGUCCAAGGAUGACCUCAUCAAGUUUGCCAAGAAGCAGAUGGCUGCCAUCCAGAAGAUCAAGUCCAAAUGUGCAGAUUUGGAGAAGGAAGUUGACACCCUCAAGUCUCUGCCAACAGGCAAUUCAGACGACUCCGUCAUACAGGAGAUGACUGAGAGGAUGAGUGCCUUGCUGCUGGAGAAGGCUGAGACCCAGCAGAGUGCAGUGUUGCUACGGAAGGAGAAUGAGAAGGUCAAGCAGCGGGAACAGGAUGCAGUAAGAAAACUGGCCACCCUGCAGGGAGAGUUGAACCAGGCCAAGGAAGACCACCAGAAGACCAUGCACGUAUCCCAGGCCAAACAUAAAGAAGAGGUCAAAUUCUUUCAGAGGCUUCUGAGAGAGAAAGACGAGAGUGACAGAGAGAAAGAGAGCGAAAGAGAGAAAGAAAAGCAUAGGGAAAGAGAAAAGGAAGAUACAAACGACAGUGUAGAAGCUGUUAGUCACAGCCUGGAGUCGCAGAUCUUGAGUCUGCAGACAGAGCUGGCUGCAGCGGUGGAGCGAAGUGCCCAGGAGGCUGCAGUGCUGCAGGAGGACCACCAGAGGGCGCAGACAGAGGCCCAGCAAGAAGUAGAGAACCUACGAGAAGAAUUGGCCCAGCAUAGCAUGCAACAUGAAGAGGAGCUGAGAGCUCUGGAGGAGGACUUUGAGAUGGAGAGAGAGAGACUGCUUCUCCUCCAAGAGGAGCUCAGUGAGCAGCUCGCUCUCAAAGACAGUUUCUUGCAGGAUGUGCAGGAGGAAGAGGAGGAGCCUAGCGGCCGCAGCUCGGGUAUAGCCAGGAUGUUGGAGCUGUCUGGUUUAAGUCAGAUUGAUGCCAGUGAUGGAGAGACGGAGACUGGACAGCUCCGAUCCGCCUUGGAGGACCUGCAAUCCCAGAAUACAAUGCUGCAAGACGAACUGACCUUCUUGGGCAAUGUGAAGACUCAACUGGAGGCGGAGCUUGAGAGGAUGAGGGAGGAGUUUCAGACAGAGAAGGAGGAGCUAGAAUUUAAGAUCGAUGAGUUGCUGAUGACCCGGGAGGGUGCGACCCCUGACCUGAAUAUGACCCCUUACCGAGACCCUCUGAGCCCGGCAACCCCCAAGUGUGACCUUCAGGAGGUUCCAGCCCUCAUUCAGCUCCAGCAGAGUGGGCCACAGAGAGAACCAGCGUACAGCCUGCCUGCCAGCUCUGCUAGCCCCUCCAGCCCUUUCCCUGACACAGUCCACCAGAGUUUGACCCUGGAAGAACAGCAGAGACUGAUCCUAGAGGUCCAGGAGCUGAGGACCCAGUGUGAGACCUUAGCUAGAAAGAAUACCCAGGCGGUGGGUGAAUGUGAGUCUCUAGCCAAAGAGAGGUGCCGGGCAGUGGAUGAAUGUGAGUACCUAGCCAGAGAGAGGGGGCAGGCGGUGGCUGAGUGCGAACACACCAGAGACAUCCUGAGAGGCCUGGAGACUGAGCUAGGUCAGAGGACUGGGGACUUCGUCAGACAAUAUGAAGCUAUGAAGGAACAGGGGGCGUCAGCCAUCCAGGAGCUACAGGAGAGAGUCAGAGGGCUAACUGAGGAGAGAGAGAGUCUGGUAGAGACGUUGAGAGUGCUGAAUGAAGACAGAGAAAGCCUAUUGGAGAAGGUCCAGAGCCUGGAGAAGAGGCUGGAGAGCUUCCUGGAGCAGACACAGGCAGCCGAGGGGCUGAAGGAGCAGCUGCAGACAUCUCUGGAGGAGAAGACAGAAUUAGCUCUCGAGUUUAAGACCUCUCUGGAGGAGAAGACUGUGUUAGCCUCUGAGCUAAAGGCCUCUCUUGAGGAGCAGACAGCGUUAACCCUCGAGCUAAAGGCUUCAGUGGAGGAUCUGAGCAGGCAGAAUGGGGAUAUUCUCUCUCAGCUACAGAUGAAGGAGAGUGCUGUUCAGGAGUUAGAGGAAACAGUCAAUGUGGUGAGCACAGAGAGGGACCAAACACUGUCAGCACUGCAGGACAGAGAGAUGGAGGUGGUGAGGCUGAGGGAGGUGGAGGGGAGGGAAGGCCAAAGAGAAAGGGUGGCUGAGCUACAGGCUCGUAUAGAGGAGCUGGAGAAGGAGAGGAGCCUGCUGAAGAGCAGCCUAGGGGAGGUGCAGGGGAGCCCAGGGGAGGAGGUGGAGGAGCUGCAGGCUCGUAUAGAGGAGCUGGAGAAGGAGAGGAGCCUGCUGAAGAACAGCCUAGGGGAGGUGCAGGGGAGCCCAGGGGAGGAGGUGGAGGAGCUGCAGGCUCGUAUAGAGGAGCUGGAGAAGGAGAGGAGCCUGCUGAAGAACAGCCUAGGGGAGGUGCAGGGGAGCCCAGGGGAGGAGGUGGAGGAGCUGCAGGCUCGUAUAGAGGAGCUGGAGAAGGAGAGGAGCCUGCUGAAGAGCAGCCUAGGGGAGGUGCAGGGGAGCCCAGGGGAGGAGGUGGAGGAGCUGCAGGCUCGUAUAGAGGAGCUGGAGAAGGAGAGGAGCCUGCUGAAGUGUAAUCUGGGGGAGCUGGUGGGAGAUACUGAAGCUCUACAGAGAGACCUGGUAGAGAUGAAACUUGCCAAUCAGAAGAUGAGAACAGAGAAUCAGGAAUUAUUGGCCCAGGUCAGCAACGCUACAGAGACACUGGCAGACAAAGAGAGGGAGCAGAAGGUGGGAGGAGAGACAGAAAGAGCGGAGGAGGAAAAACAAGAGGAGAAGAGAGCGCUACAACAGCAGCUAACAGAAAAGGACAAAGUCAUAUCCCAGCUGAAGAGUGAGAUGGCUGUCCUGCAGUCUACAGCCUCCACUGUCUCAGAGGAGAACACAGCCAUAGAGUUAACUGAGAAAAUCGCCCUGCUGGAGAAGGAAAGCAAAGAGAAGGAUGAGAGGAUGAAUAAGAUCAAGGCAGUGGCUGUGAAAGCCAGGAAGGAGCUGGACACCAGCAGGAAAGAGGCUGUGUCUUUGAAGGAGGAAGUGGAGGUGUUGAAGGCUGAGCGAGAGAAAGUGACCAGCUCAAUGAAAGACAUCAUUCAUGGAGCAGAGGGAUACAAGAACUUACAGUUGGACUACGACAGACAGACAGAGCAGCUGGAUAAGGAGAGAGAGAAGGUGGAGGGAGCUGAGAAACAGAUCUCCGAGCUGACCAAACGACUCAACACCGCCGUACAACAGCAUGAGCAGCUGUGGUCGGAGAGAGAGGACCUGAUGACUGGAAUGGAGACGCUGAGGAGCACGGUGAGACAGAUGGAAGGACAGACAGCAGAGCUGCACAGGCAGACAGACACCCUGAACAGAGACCAUCAGGCUGAGAGACUACUGAAGGAACAAAAGACAAAGGAGCUGUCGUCGUUGCAGAAGGAGGUAGAGGAGUUGACCGCUCAGCUCCGCAGACAGAAGCAGCAGUCUCAGCAGACUGCACGGGAGCUGGAGCAGCUACGCAAGGAGGCCCAGCAGAGCUCGUUGUUGGACAUGGAGAUGGCAGACUAUGAACGCCUGGUCAAAGAACUCAACACCAAACUGUCAGAGAAGGACGUGUGUGUGGAGGAGCUGAAAACACAGAUACACACACACACUCAGAAAGAAGACACACUCAACCAGGAGAUUGAGGGUCUGAAGUCCCAGCUGGACCAGUGUGAGGACAAGGGCGCCAAGAUGAAACAGCUGCUGGUGAAAACCAAGAAAGAUCUGGCGGAUGCCAAGCGGCAGGAAGCCUCUCAGAUGAUGACCCUGGCCUCUCUGAAGGGAGAACUGGAGACCCACCAACAGGAGCUAGAGAACAGUAAGAUCCAGUGCUGUGACCUGUCUGGGGAGCGCCAUCGGCUGCAUGAGCAGCUGAGGACUCUGACGGAACAACAGCAGAGAACAAGCAGCACCCUGCAACACCGACUGACCUCACUACAGCAGGAGUUCAACACUGCCCAGGCUGAGCUGUCAUUUGUCACUACUGAGUUUGACAGCUAUAAGGUCAGAGUUCACAAUGUCCUCAAACAGCAGAAGAACAAGAGUUCGGCCCAGAGUGACGGACACGUCACCAAACAGGAGAGAGAGCAGAUGGAGUCCAUGGUGGACCAGUAUAAAGCCAAGCUGCAGGACAGUCAGCAGAGUCUGGCGGUGAGCACUGCAGAGUUCCAACAGCUCCAGAUGGAACACGACACACUGCUGGAACGACACAACAAGAUACUGCAGGAGACCGUAACUAAAGAGGCCGAGCUCAGAGAGCGACUCCUGUCUCUCCAGGCAGAGAGUAUGUCGCUGCGGACAGAGCUUGCCCAGACGGUGGGUCAACUUACCUCCCAGGCCGACGCCCAACGCUCAGGGUUCCGGGAGCAGAUCCGCCACCUUCAGGACGAACACAGAACUACAGUAGAGACCCUGCAGAACCAGAUGACCCGGCUGGAGAACCAACUAUUCACAUUGCAGAGCCAGACCGCUCCAGUCCAGACCAGUCGUAAGCCAGUGGUGGACCGCCGGACUGUGGACCAGGGGGCGAUGGGGGGGUUGGGCCUCAGUGACCUCCAGUCCAUGGCUAGAGAGGAGGGGGAGGGCAUGGAGACCACUGAGACAGAGUCCCUGUCCCUCCCACACACACCCCUACCCUCACUGGAGCAUCUACUCACCUCCCCAGACCCCAAACAGGAGCCGUUUGUGUGGCAGGUGGAGCCGACUAAAGAGGAGUUAAGUCAGAAGUUGGCCACAGCUACACGCAGUAUGGAACACAUGAACAUGCUACUGCAUGAGACAGAGGCGACCAACGCUGUUCUGAUGGAACAGGUCAAUCUGUUGAAGUCUGAGGUGCGUCGUCUGGAGCGUAACCAUGAGAGGGAGAAGAGUGUAGCCAACCUGGAGUAUCUGAAGAAUGUCCUCCUGCAGUUCAUCUUCCUGCAGUCAGGCAGCGAGAGACGGGCUCUACUCCCUGUCAUACACACCAUGUUACAACUCAGCCCUGAGGAGAAGAAUAAACUGGCUGCUAUCGCAAUGGGUGAGGAGGAGGUGGGAGGAGCUAAAGGCUCAGGAUGGACCUCCUACCUUCACAGCUGGUCUGGCAUCAGAUAAAGACAUCAACUACUGCCAUCUCACUACCUGCCUUCACUUUCAUCUGAUCAAUAUGUCUGAUCAACUGGAGUUAUUGAAAAGUCUUCAUAUAUUAUUGAUGAUCAUUAAUCUACUUGAAAUGAAGCAAGUGCUGACAGCAGCAAAACAAGCCGGUGCUCUUUUAACUGUUUAGUUACUGGACCGGUGAUGAUUCCUCAAUGCCUCACAUUCAAUACUUUGUUUUUUACGACUGCAUUUGUAGCUUCGUAAUAAUCCGCUCCAUGCAGCGCCUAAGUUAAAAUGGUUAAUGAAGUGAACUAUGACUGUGAUGACAUAUUUCACUUAAGAUCUAAUGUAGAGUGGUUAAUCAACAAUUAUAACAAUUCACACAUUUACAUUACAUUUAAGUCAUUUAGCAGACGCUCUUAUCCAGAGCGACUUACAAAUUGGUGAAUUCACCUUCUGACAUCCAGUGGAACAGCCACUUUACAAUAGUGCAUCUAAAUCAU